GGCAACAACAGCGGCGGCAUCAUGGCUGGCAUCAAAGCUCUGAUCAGCCUGUCCUUCGGGGGAGCAAUCGGGCUUAUGUUCCUGAUGCUUGGAUGUGCCCUUCCACAGUACAACACAUAUUGGCCCCUGUUUGUCCUGUUCUUCUACAUCCUCUCUCCAAUUCCCUACUGCAUAGCAAGAAGAGUGGUGGAAGACACAGACGCCACAAGCAACGCCUGCAAGGAACUUGCCAUAUUUCUGACGACAGGCAUUGUCGUCUCAGCGUUCGGGCUUCCAAUUGUGUUUGCCAGAGCAGACCUGAUCGAGUGGGGUGCCUGCGCGCUCGUCCUCACGGGGAACACGGUCAUAUUUGCCACCAUCCUAGGGUUUUUCUUGGUCUUCGGCAGCAACGACGACUUCAGCUGGCAGCAGUGGUGAAAAAACGCUCCAGAGAACUAUCGGGCAUCUUGCGUCAUUCAGUGGCCAUCCAUCCAAGAGAGAGAACGGGCAAUAAAGCGAAUGUACUGUUUCCACAGAGGGACCCUGAGCGUAGGACGC